AUGUCUCAGCGAGAUAAUUCUCCCCUGCGACUCUAUCAUCAUUACAUCUACAUUUCCUUUUGGGUUGUUUUCGCCUCGGUGAUCUUCUAUCUCCCGGGCGGGGUCACCUAUACCAAUGCCUUGCUUCUUGCUUCCGGCGCCGCGACCCAGACAGGUUUGAAUCCCGUCGAUCUGAACCGGCUCCAUGUCGUGCAGCAGGCGAUACUGUGGGUCGUGCCCAUGGUCACCAACGUCGUUUUCAUGCACUCGCUGCUCGUGCUGGUUCGUCUGUAUUGGUUUCGGAGACGGUUUCGAGGUGCCAUCCAUGACGCUAAGACGCUCUGUCGGACGCAGCGCCGGAGAAUGAAUCAAGAGCUCGGUGCUCUCGAGGAGCAGGAGCGGAACGCCGUGAAUAUCAGCAGACCGAUAGUGCCACCCUGGUCGGGCAACAAUGAAGAGCAGCCUCUGCUGGGGAGGAUAAACGAUGAUGACGACGCGGUAUCUCCGCGCAGGUACCAGGCCACUAGCCCUCAUAUCACCUUUGAGGACGACAGAGAGCUGGGGAGCAAACACAGGCGUCGUUCGAGCAUCGGGUCUCGCCGACGUUCGAUAUCCGAAUCAGUCGCUGAUUCGGGCGUGAACGAUCCUGCCGUCGGUAUGCCACCGUUGCCCUCUUUGAUGUGGCAAUCCUCCAUCGCCAGCUAUUCCGACUGGAACGAGGCGCAGAAGGAGGAGCUGGGAGGCAUCGAAUAUAGGGCACUGAAAACGCUGCUCAUCAUCCUGGUCUGCUACUUUGUCGCGUUCCAUGUGCUGGGGACGGUGCUGUUCGUGGCGUGGGUGCUAAUCAGUCGACGGCACGACCCGAUCUUCUCGGACAUCCAGGUCGCUCCCUCUUGGUGGGCUGUGUUCACUGCGGGUUCCGCGUUCAACGACUUGGGGUAUACUUUGACGAGAAACUCCAUGGCCUCCUUCCGCACCGAUGCCUUCCCCUUGCUGGUCAUGACGUUUCUCAUCGUGAUCGGAAACACGGGGUUUCCGUGCAUGCUGCGGUUAAUCAUCUGGAUGCUAUCCAAGGCCACAUCCUAUGGCACCACUUUGGAUGAGGAGCUGCAAUACCUGCUCAAUCAUCCACGGCGAUGCUUCACGCUGCUCUUCCCUAGUGCAGAAACCUGGCGUCUUGCCGCCGUGCUGUUGAUACUCAACGCGAUUGACCUGUUAAUUUUCUACACCAUGCAAGAGGUAGGCAUCUUAUACCCUGAAUCGUACGCUCGACCAGAUAUUAAGGCACUAAUGCAAUUCAGAUCCCGGGUGACGAGCCCAUUUCACCGGGCAUCCGCUUCGUGA